AUGACCAAGCUGACCUUUUCAGCUACAUUUUUCCUCCGUAGAUGCAAUAUGUUAGUCCCUCUGUAUUACAUGUACGGCUUCGGUACAUACCUCUCCGUCUGUGUAGUCUCCGCCUGGGAUGCAGACGACGACGGCGAGGGAGUGAACGCGAGAAUCAGCUACUCGAUCGAAGAGAACGCCUUCCACGAAACCACAGGAGAACCCAUCUUUUCCCUCGAGCCCCAGUCUGGUCUGGUGAGCACGGCGGUCUGCUGUCUGGACCGAGAGACCACGCCCGAGUACUUCCUUCGUGUGCUGGCGACCGACGGAGGGGGUCUACAGGGGACGGGCACGGUUGUGGUGCGGCUGACGGAUGUGAACGACAACGCCCCCCGCCUGACGCAGCGCCUGUGGCAAGUGGAUGUGAACGAGACGUGGGGCGCCGGCCCCCCCGACGGCUCCUCGCUCCUGGAGAUCACGGCCGCCGAUCUAGAUACGGCCAACUAUUUCUUUUAUCGCGUGGUAGAGCGGAGCGGGUGGGGGUGGGAGCACUUCGGCGUGAGGGCGGAGGGUGCUGUGGGUCAUCUCUACGCCCGCCAGACACUCGACUACGAGGACGAGAACCACAGGAGGGGAUUCAAGUUCAUGGUCCAAGUCACGGACAGGGGACGCGGGGGCUGGGAGGACACGCGCCACACGGACACGGCCUGGGUCUCCGUCAAGCUCCGAGACCUCAACGACAACCCGCCCACGUUCUCCCGCUCGCACGCCCACGUCACGGUGCAGGAGGACGCCGCCCCCGGCACUGUCCUGGCCGUCCUCACCGCCCAGGAUCCGGAUAUGGACGGCCAGGAGGGCGUCGAGUACCGCGUGGAGAGCGCCUGGGACUCCCUCAACGUGAAUGCCGACGGCGAGGUGAGGCUGUGGCGCCGCCUAGACCGAGAGGCUCCUGGCGGGGCCGAGGGCGUGGCCAGAAUCAUCGGCAUCGACAAUGGGCGGCCGCCCUUGUCUGCCACCGCCACGCUCACUAUCACCGUAACGGAUGUCAACGACUGCCCCCCGCGCCUCCUGCCGCCCACGGUCGUGCACGUGACAGAGAGCAGCCCGCCCACGCGCCUGGCCACCCUCACUGCCACCGACCUGGACGUGUGGGCGAUGGGCCACGGGCCGCCCUUCAACAUUUCCCUGGCUCGCACCAACACCGCCCACGUCAAAUCGCUCAUCAAGGUCAAAUUCAGGCAGAAUCUCGAUAGUGGGCGUGGCGGGGCAGAGGUGUGGACGACCGGCUCCGUUGACAGGGAAGAACACAGACGACUUGAUGUGCAGGUGUGGUUGUCAGACGCAGGUGGGAUGUCAACAACAGAAGUCCUCACCGUGAUUGUCGACGACAUCAACGACAACCUGAUGAGACCUGCUUCCAAAAAUGUCUACCUGUGUAAACCUCGUGGCGGGGGAUCGGAUGCUCCCUUAGGACGCGUUUAUGUGGAUGAUCCAGAUGACUGGGACGUCAGGGACAAAAUGUUCGAGUGGGUCGGCGCCCCCCACCCCCUCUUCACUCUCAAUCGGAACACUGGGGACAUCUUCGCGUCGAGCCAAGUUAGGGAGGGGAGGUACCAGCUCCAGUUCACCGUCAGCGACCGGCUCUGGGGACAGCGUGGAGUGUCCGCGAAUGUCACUGUAACUGUGAAACUGUUAACGGACGAUUCCCUAACACACGCUACGCCACUGACUAUCACGCCCAUAAGCCCUGCGAUGUUGACUAAAGGAUGGACGCCCAUGCGCGGAGGGGGCGUGUUGGGCCGCCUGGUGGAGGGGAUCCUUCGCGCCGUGGGUGAAGACGCCCACGUGGUCGAGGUGGUGAGUGUGCACGACGCCCGCCGCCCUCCGUUCCCGCUCGACGUCCCGCCCAACGCCACGUCGACCUUCUUCCAGACGCCUCCGCCCUCGUUCGUGUCCCCCGCGACGUCCUCCUCCGACGCCUCCGCCCGGUCUGCGUGCGUGUGGGUGAGCGUCAGGGAGGCGAUGGGGGGCUUCAUCGACCCCGUGAAGCUCCAGGGUCUGCUGCAGCUUCAUUCCGCCGAGGUUAGGAGAGCGGAGGCAAAGUACUUUUUGUGUGAACGGCUAAAGGGCUUCAUCAUGGGACUCGUGUCAAUGAGGCUGGUUGUUAAAGAGCGGUGGAAUUAA